GUGGAAGUCUGUGGUCACGUGACCGGAAGUAUGUGAAGCAGUCGAAUGUGAGUAUUUUGAAUAAUAAACUAAUUUAGCUCGUAAUACAUGUUUUCACUGUCAUAGAUGCAACUGUUCAAUUURCAUGCAGUAAUGGCACUCAUUUCUAAAUUAUGCUGAAUAUUUAUGCUGAAGAGAGGAUAUUUCACAAAUGCCACCUCACAUUUUUAGCUAGCUAGCAGCAUUAACCUCCACGGCUCUCAGUCCCGAGAGGCUAACGUUAGCUACUAUCAAAACAAUCAAUACAUCUGGCUAUCUAGUGGCGCAAGAAGCAGACCACUAACAGUCAAAUACAAUGGACGACUCUGAUCAAGACUUCGUGGACCUCUGCUCUAAGUUGCUCAAACGAGUCCGCAGAAAAGCAGGCGUAACCGAGAAGAGAAGUGUUGCAGAGCCCUCGUCCCAGGACACUGCGAAAGAAAUACCCACCAAAAGGGUGACGACUAGGAGGAAGAAGAAAGAUGUUGGCCCAAGUUCAAAGGGAGCUUUGGGUAACAACUCUGAACACGUUUCCUCCAUCUCUACCACUUGUGAUGAACCAAACCGACUUCCCUCCAAUACAGACAAAUCUAAACAAGCAGUGGUCAAUGGAGGUAUUGAACUUGGUGUAGGAGAGAAUGGGUCAUCAGUGGCUGUGGAUGUUGCUGGGUCUCAACCUGAGGAUAGGGGAAUGGGGGUGAAGGAGAAAGUGCUACACAGGAUGCAGCAGUUCAAGAGAGUCAAUCCACAGAAGCUGGUGCAUGGUGAGAGGAAUCCGCCUGCAGCAACAGGGAGUGAAAGUGACAGUGCUGCUCCCCAUCCACUGCCAGAUAAUGAAGUUCCAUCCACCUCCGCCUCCACUCCCCUACCACUGGACCCCCAGGUGGAUGACUCGGAUGAGGCCCUGGCCCUGCGUCUACAGGAGGAGCUGGACAGGGAGGCCCAGGCUGUGGCCCAGGGUAGUGCAGUGGACCUGGAACAGGGAGGCCUGUUCUUCUGUCAGCUCUGCCAGAAAGACCUGUCUGCCAUGAGCCCCACAGGACGCACCCAACACAUCAACAGGUGUCUAGACGAGAGUGAGGACAGUGCUGCCCCCGCCCCUCCUCCCGCUCCCAGCGUCCCAGAAUGCCCCAUCUGUGGUAAACGGUUCAAGUCCCAGAAGAGUCGCGCGGCCCACCUGAAGCGUUGCUCCUCCACGAUGGGCGUGGCUCCUGCCGUGCUGCUGCAGGCUGUACAGAGACAAGUUGCAGAGGACCUGACUGACAGCACUGCCAACCAACCUCCGCAGGCCGGAGGUUCCAAGCGUAAAGGCUCCACAGACCCCAGCCUCCCGGGCAGGAAGAAGCCCAGAAAGAAGCCCCGUGGCCUGGACGAAGACACCAUGGUGGCCAUGGCCCUGUCCCACUCCCUCCUGGAGCAGGAGAAAGAGAUGGAGCGGGACAUGCAGAGAGAGUUACAGAGGGAGUGGAGAGAGAAGGUGGUCAGCAGCUCCCAGCCCUCCUCCCUCACAUUUCUCUGUAAGGGGCGUGGCAAGAGGAAAAAGGGUGCACCCCCCUCGCCCCCUCCCCUCCUCCUGGUCCAGGCCUCGGAGACAGCCCUGAGGCGACUACAGGAGCGCGUGGCUGGCCUCCUCCUCCGUACCCGCGCCCCCUCGCCGCCCACCCACACGCUGCCCCAGCUCCCUGCCCUCCUGCGCACUGGUGCUGGCCCCCUCUGGCAGAAGAGUGCGUUGCGGGAUGGAGGGCGAAGGUCAUCUCUGAGUUUCACACCACCCCCAGAGCUCAGUCAUGAGUUAUCUAGUCGCGUGGGUGUCUCUAAAAGUCUCCUCCACCCAGGCAGCCCCUCUUCGCUCCCUUCCACCCCAGGGACAGGGCACCUUCCAGUGGGCAGCCAGACUCUGUGUGACCUGAUGGAGCUGGCUGAUGAGGGAAUGACCCUCAACCGGUUCUAUGGGAACGUCCCGCCACGGAUAAGACAAAGAGAACACUGCUGCAGACUUCCACCUAAGUGCUUUGUUCCUGAGAGCACAGACGAACCCCCUGACCUGUGUCUCAGUGGCUUCAUCCCAGAGAGCAUUAGAAACACUGAAAGCCAUCAAAUGAGAUGUGUUCCUCAAAGCAGAGAUACCAACAGGAGCAACCAGAAAUCAGUGGCGCUGUCCAGGCUGGCCUCAGACCUGACCAGUAUGGUGAACAACCCCCAGUUCAGUGAUGUCCAGCUACAGGUGGACAGUGGGGAGGUGUACUUCACCCAUUCAUUCAUGCUGUAUGCUCGAUGCCCCCUGCUGGCGCAGAUGGUCCAUGACAGUGGAUUCGGGGUGCAGGAGGACUGCAUGCCCUCAGCCCAGAGGGUGUUGUUGGGUGAGGUACCAGGCCAGGCAGUGUAUACCCUGCUCCAGUACCUCUACACAGCCCACUGCCCYCUCACACGCACCCUGCUGCCACACGUUCAGGAGCUAGCAGCCAGGUUCAACCUGGAAGAGCUGCAGCAGCUGUGUCAGCUCKACCCAGCUCAGACAGACAUCCACAGAGGUGUAGAGGGACAGGGGGAUCAGUGGGGAGACUACCCAGCCCAGGAGCACCAAUCUGGGGGAGAGGAGGAGCACCAAGACCAGGUCUUCAUGGAGCUCCUCCGCUCCAUGUGGAAUGAAGAAGAGGUUGAGGAAGAUGAGGACAGAGGAGAGGAAGGAGGGAUUGCGAUGGAGGAGGAGGAGCGAGGGGAUGGCAUGAUGAUAGAAGACGGAGAGACAAACGAAGAAAGGGUGAACGAAGAAGAGAUGGAGGAGAUAUAUGAGUUUGCUGCCACUCAGAGAAAGAGGGAUGAAGGGAAAGAGAGCGAAAAGGAAGAAUCAGAAGAAGAGGAGGAGGGAGGAGUGACAUUUUUCACAGAGACAGAAGAAGAGCAGGAGGCUCCAAUCCAAGCUCACUCAAUGGCUGAACACUCAGAUAAGGGUGAAUUAACAUGCAUGACAUCCCCUCAAACAAAACCUCCCAGUUUAGAGGCAGACAUAGCUAUUGGUGACAUUGACACAGACCGGGGGAAUCCAAAUAGGAUAAAAACUGAUCUCAACAAAUCAGAAGGUAGAGAUCCAGAAUGUUCUAGAACAGCCACCAUGGAGUCAGACAGAACUAAACAAUUUGAAUCAAACGUCACAAGCUCAAGAAGUGUUGGAGAGGUAUCAACGACAAAAAGCCUCCAUGACGAUCAAGAACUAAAUGCUAGUCUGGAGCGUAGCUACAGCCGUCUCUUCUCUGACUCUUGGGGGGUCUAUGAGACGCAGGAGGAGCCCCACACCUCCCCACCAACACAACCAUCCUGCCACUCCCAACCCCCCAGGGCUAUCCAGAAACCCUUCUGCUCCCAGCCCCCCAGGACCAUGGUAGUGGGACAGCCAGAACUCACCUCCCCACCAUCCUCCCGCUCCCAGCCCACAAGGCUGAGGGUCGAUGGGGGUACGAGACAGACAGCGAUCCCUACCCUCCAGUACUCAGCCAUUGAAAUCAUUGACCUCUCCAUCAGUCCUCCUCUGGUCCCUGGUGUAGCCGCACUACCUGUUCCUGGUUUGUCCCCAGGGGAAGUGACUGACWCCGGGGCACGAGUUAGGACGGAGGGAGUGGUGGGAGGAGGGAAAGUUCCUGUGUGUAAGGAGUUACUCCAAGAGAAGGUACCGUCUAGUCCAGAUGACUUAAAGAGAGAGAGUCAUGGUCCGUAUAGUAUUUCUCUACCCGUCUCUCCUCCUCACAGUACCAAAGAAGAACCUGAGCUUAUAGUUCUGUCUGACUCUAGUGAAGAGAGGAGGUAGGGGAUCUACAACCUACCAA